UGAUCCUCUCUCCUCCUCUGUACAUUGUCCUCUGUCCCUGAUGUCAGGUGCUUCCUGCUGUCACAUUCACCUUCCAGUUUGCACCUGUCAGGGAAUGUGUCAUGGCUAUCACUGGACUGUUUGGAUUUCCGUCUCUGAGCUUCAAUGAUCUGUGUCACUGGACUGCCUGGCUCUGCCUCUUCUAUGUUCUGUUCAAAGCCUCCAAGCUUUAUGUGACAUGGAGGGAGCUGAACAGAGCAUUCAGCCAAUUCCCAGGUCCUAAACGUCACUGGUUGUACGGCAAUGCUCACGAGUUCCACGGUGAUGGAAAAGACAUGGACAUCAUCAUGCGUUACGCCGAACAGUACCCCUACGCCUAUCCAUUAUGGUUGGGGAAUUUCUUUGCAUCUUUGACUAUCUGUCACUCUGAUUAUGCAAAGGCCAUUCUGUCCAGACAGGAUCCAAAGGAUAAUUUUGGCUAUUACUUCAUUACUCCAUGGAUUGGUAAAGGGCUGCUGGUGUUAUCAGGCCAGAAGUGGUUCCAGCAUCGCAGGCUGCUGACUCCCGCCUUCCAUUAUGAUGUAUUGAAGCCGUACGUCAGGCUCAUGUCCGACUGUGCGAGUGUCAUGCUGGAUAAAUGGGAGCAUAUCAUCCCAGAUAAGAAGACAGUGGAACUCUUCCAUCAUGUCAGCCUCAUGACUCUGGACUCCAUCAUGAAAUGUGCCUUCAGUUACAAUAGCAACUGCCAGAAUGACAGUGAAAGUGCCUACAUCAAGGCAGUAUAUGACCUCUCCUACCUGGUGGAUUAUAGAUUCACCUGCCUGCCCUACCACAGCGAUUUCCUGUUCCAUCUGAGUCCCCAUGGAUUUCGCUUCAGGAGAGCUCUAAAGACGGCGCAUCAGCACACAGAUGAAGUCAUUAAGGAAAGGAAAGAAUCCCUCAAAGAGGAGAAAGAGCUGGAGAAGAUCCUUCAGAAGAGACAUCUGGAUUUUCUUGACAUUCUUCUCUGUGCUAAGGAUGAGAAAGGUCAGGGGUUGUCUGAUGAGGACAUGCGUGCAGAGGUGGACACCUUCAUGUUUGAAGGACACGAUACAACGGCCAGCGGGAUCUCCUGGACAUUAUAUUGUAUGGCCAAAUACCCUGAACACCAAGAGAAAUGUCGAGACGAGAUCAGAGAGGUCCUGGGAGACCGGAAGACUGUGGAAUGGGAUGAUCUGGGUAAGAUGCCGUAUACCACUAUGUGUAUUAAGGAGAGCAUGCGCCUGUAUCCACCUGUGCCAGGAGUGGCCCGUGAACUUACCUCACCAAUCACAUUCUGUGAUGGUCGGAGCCUGCCUAAAGGUAUUAAUAUUCUGCUUAGUUUAUACGCUAUCAACAGAUGCUCUAGCUUGUGGGACGAUCCAGAGGUAUUUGAUCCAUUGAGGUUUUCACCAGAAAAUGCCUCCAACAGACAUUCUCAUGCUUUCCUCCCCUUCUCAGCUGGAUCAAGAAACUGUAUUGGACAGAAUUUUGCUAUGAAUGAGAUGAAGGUGGCCCUUGCACUGACAUUACAGAGGUUUGAAUUGUACCCAGAUAAAGAAAAGGAACCCUUAAUACUUCCUCAGUUAGUCUUACGGUCCUUAAAUGGAAUACACCUGAACCUGAAGAAAAUAGAUCCCUCCAAAAAGACAGAUGUGUAAUUUUUUUUUAACUGGUGAUCAUUUUUGUAAAGUUCUUAAAAAUAUAAUGAAAACACAAGGAAAAUGACUGUAUUGAAUAGUUAUCUCUCACCAAUUUGAUAACAAAGUGCAACUGUUUCAAUAAACUGAAAUCUAACUGGUU